GCGGCACUCCUCUGCCCUCGAGCAAUGGCAAGUCUUCGGGCGACAACUCGGAGAAGAGCAAGAGCUACCGCGACUCGCUCGUCCCGCCGGAGCUGAUGCCGCUGAUCGAGUCGAUGAAGAAGUACCUCGAGAAGCAGAAGGCAAUUCGCGACGAGAACGCCCACGAGCACUACUACAUCCAGCCGAUACUGGAGAUUGGCACGGCAGUGGAGGACGUCCUCCGCCAGCGCCUCAACAAGGUCGACAUUGAGCUGCAGAAGAACGCGAAGGCGGUGGAGCUGCUGAAGCGGGACACCAGCAAGCUGCUCUCCAACGGCGAACUGGUGUACCGCAUCUCACGGCUGGACAGCAACAGCUCGCUGGCGUCGAACCUCGCCCGCGGCGCCAUCGGCCACUCGAUGAUGAUGAUGGGCGGCGCCGGGGACGUGACGGCGGCGGCGAACAACUUCGUCAACGCCAACACGCAGCAGUACUUUCUGGAGCUGGUGGAGGGCUUUCGCGCCCAGAUGGAAACCUACAGCGAGCAGAUUGAGAUGCUGCGGUCGUACUGUGCGACGGUGGGCAGAGAGGGCACCGGCGUCAACUCCUCCUCCUCCUUCUCCUACGAGGAGAUCAACACCAUCAUUCGCAAGCAGCACGAGAUCUUCGUGGCGGUGGGCGCCAAGGUCUACGCCAUUCACGAGUACGCCAAUCGGCUCAGGGCAGAGGCGGCCAAGGAGAAGCUGGAGGCGGCAGAGGCGGCGGCAGCCGCUGCAGCUACUUCAGGUUCAAAUGAAAAGUCGACGGGAGGCAGUGGUCAGUACGGGCCUAGUCCCUUUCUGGUGCGCACUCCGGCGCUCCAGAACGCCGGCUCUUCUGCGGCCAACAGUCCACUGAAUGCCGCAGCAUCAAACCCCUCCAUCGGUGGUCAGUUCCAGCCGUCCUCAUCAUCCUUUGGCACACCCUCCUCUUCCUUCACCUCUCCGAACAGCAACAACUCGCUCUUCUCCUCCUUCAACAACAACAAGUCGAAGCGAUUCUGA